AUGAGCUGGCAACAGGUCUCUGCGAUGGGUGGUGGCAAUAUGGGUAAUCUUGGUGGUCAAGACCUUGGAGGUUUGCCUGCAAAUGGCCUCAACCAACCCCAUGCCACUGAAUAUACCCUACAAGGUGUUAUGCGCUUCCUCCAGACCGAGUGGCAUCGGCACGAGCGGGACAGGAAUGCCUGGGAGAUCGAGCGUCAAGAGAUGAAGGGCCGCAUCGCUGCCCUUGAGGGCUCAGCUAGGAGAGCAGAUGCAACCCAGAAGGCUCUGAGGAGAUAUGUUGGAAUCUUGGAGAAGAAGGUCAAAGAUCAGACCACCCAGAUCACGCGCAAGUCACAAGGCUCCGAUGCCGGAUCAGUUGACGAGCACGCUGUGAAACAGCCUCCUCCCAAAGUCGAUCGUGCAGCUUUGAUCGCAGAGAAGCUCCAAUCCUCCAACGAGAAGCCGAAAGAAGAUAUCGCUGGCCUCGAAGGUCUUAUCGGAGAACGUGGCCAGGAGGAGGAAGACCGCGAACAACUGAGAACUUUCCUCGACCAGUGCCAGAACGAGUUCAUGUACCUCAUGAUUACUCCUGCAAACCCCAUCCCGCCGAGAGACUCUCCUCCGCUUCCGAUGCUUGACGACGUGCGUGAUGGCGAGUACGGCGUACCUGGAGGGAUGCAACCUCUCGACGCAGCCUUCCGAGCACUCCAUCUGAACCAAAAUCACGUCAAAGAUCCCGGGCUUCGAUCUCAACCAAACCAUGCUGCGCCAAUGCAGCAGUCCCAGAUCCCCGGCCUUGCGCGACAGAAUGUUCAAGAGUUGCAGUCUGCACCCAUGGUCCGCGCUAACGAAAACCCUUCGGUCACAUACAAUAACACCAACCCGGACUGGCAAGCUCCCGUAGGAGUCGCCCUUACAAGUCGUGACGAUGUACCCAUCAAGACCAACCACACCAAUGAAUAUCCACGACAGACCGCGGUUGAGGAAACGGAAAAACGUGCUCUAGGCGAACCUGAUGGUUGGGAUUUUGGAGAGGGGGCUUUCCCUGAAGCUGCAUCUUCCCAACCGCUCCAGAAUCUGUCUUCACAUCGACCUGACACGGACGUCUUUCCCGCUGCUGAAAAUCCACCAAAGUCACCCAACAGAGGUGCAAACUCACACAGAAGGAAGACCUCGCUGUCACGCAGGAGGAGUCUAGACCAGGAACUGUCUCUCAACUCCCUGUCACACAAAUCAGAUAGUGGCAACUUCAAGCUUCGGUACGGUCUACGCGGUCAUCUCAACACAGUCCGGACAGUAAUAUUCUCUGGUGGCGGCAGCCCCGGAGAACCUGAAAUUUGCACAGCAGGUGAUGACGGCCUCAUCAAGCGCUUUCACAUCCCACGAGAGAACCCAGCUCACAUGAGCACAAGCGCAUCAGACCUCGAUGUGCCCGCAGACUUUACGCAUCGAGGCCACAAUGGCGCCGUCUUGUGUCUGACUUCUUGGUCUCCGUCGCCGAAUUUCUCAACUGGAGGAAGAGCACAGGGUGAUGGCUGGAUCUUUUCAGGUGGCCAGGAUGCUUCCAUUCGAGUGUGGGAGCGUGGCCGGGUUGAUCCCAAGGCAACUAUCGAUGGGCACACGGAUGCUGUCUGGGCUGUCUGCGUACUUCCCGCAACACUCGGUGCCGUCUUUGGUCAAACCAGCUCGUAUGGCAGUCCAGAUCGCAUUUUGCUUGCAUCCGGCUCUGCAGAUGGUGCUGUCAAGGUCUGGACUGUCAGCGCUCCGCCGCAGCUAACAUCUCCGCAGCCAUCUACUGGUCGUCGCGCUACGGGAAGCAGAGGUCGUGGCAACUCGAUGAGCUCUGGCUCACAAUUCCCAAACACACCCCAGCCCAAUAUGACAUCUAGCACACCUUUCCAUUCUACACUUGUUCAUGAUAUCAAGCGGGCCAACGGAUCAAAGGCUAGCCCAACGUGCAUCACUCCACUUUCGAACAAUGGGGAGGCAUUUGUAGUAUCUUAUUCAGACGCAGCUAUCAUCAUUUACGACACAAAGACUGGCGAAGAGAUUGGCACAAUGGCUAGCUUGGAAACAUUUGACGGCACCCCAGGAACCAGUGUCAACGCUGUUGUCGCUACAACUGCCGGCCUUGAACAGAGUUCAGGUCCGGGCUUGGGUGAUGAGGACGCUAAUGCGCCGUCAGGGGGAGCAGGGCCUACGGGUGGUGGUCUUGGCGCGGGAAGUGGCAUCGAAGGUGUAAUUAUCAGCGGCCAUGAGGAUCGCUAUGUCCGUUUCUUCGAUGCAAACAGUGGUCAAUGUACAUAUAAUAUGCUGGCCCACCCCGCCGCCAUCUCGGCUCUAUCACUUUCACCUGACGGCAGAGAGUUGGUCUCGGCUGGCCAUGAUGCCAGCCUUCGAUUUUGGAGUCUCGAGAAGCGUAGCUGCACGCAGGAAAUCACGACUCACCGCAUCAUGAGAGGUGAAGGCGUCUGUUCCGUGGUCUGGAGUAAUGACGGACGUUGGGUCGUUAGCUCAGGCGGCGACGGCACAGUCAAAGUCUUUGCUCGUUGA